ACAACGAUGGAUUCUGUGGAUGACGAAGAUCUCUUCAGAGCAGACGAAUAUCAGCGUGAAUCGGAUCUGACAUCAACUGACUCCGGCGUAUCUUCUCUUUUCACCGGCGAAGACAGUACCAGCUCCACUGACAUCUCCGGCAGCAGUAGCGGUAGUUCCGGUGAGAUUUCGGCUUCCGUUGUUGAAGGCGCGGUGAUGGUGCCGAACCUACUACUGUCACCUACACCCUCGGCUGGCGAUGUAGGUAAGGAUGGGAGGCAGAAGUGCGUGGGGAGGAAUAACAAAGGAGUGACGUGGGGGUUCACUUCCAUCACUGGUCGACGGCGAGAGAUGGAGGACGCUGUCGCCAUCAUCCCUGGCUUUAUGUCCAGUUCUUGUGAUCAUGUAGGCGGUUGUACGGCGCCUGGUUCUCGAAUUCCCGGCGAAAUCUCUCCCGUCCAUUUCUUCGGUGUCUACGACGGUCACGGUGGCUCCCAGGUGGCUAAAUUUUGUGCUGAACGGAUCCAUGAGGUUGUGGCAGAGGAGUGGGGGAGGGUAGUAAGUGGUGAUUGUUGGCGUAGGAGGUGGGAAGUGGCAUUCUCUACUGGGUUUGAGAGGGCUGACAAUGAGGUUGUGGCAGAGUCAAUAGCACCAGAAAUGGUUGGCUCAACUGCUGUUGUGGUGGCUGUAUCAGGGUGUCAAAUCAUUACAUCCAACUGCGGCGACUCAAGGGCAGUGCUUUGUCGAGGGACUCAAACAAUCCCUUUAACUGUGGAUCACAAGCCAGACAGAGAAGAUGAACUUGUGAGAAUUGAAGGAGGGGGUGGAAGAGUAAUAAACUGGAAUGGUGCAAGGAUUUUUGGUGUUCUUGCCAUGUCCCGAUCGAUAGGGGAUAGGUAUAUGAGGCCAUGGAUCAUCCCAGUGCCUGAAGUAACUUUCACAACAAGGAGUGAAGAAGAUGACUGUUUGAUAGUGGCAAGUGAUGGUCUUUGGGAUGUGAUGACCAAUGAUGAGGUUGGAGAGGUAGCUCGUCAACUGUUCAGACGGCGACGUAGAUCCACAAUGGCUGAUGGGAGUUCAUCACCACCAGCACAAUAUGUUGCAGAUCAUCUAACAAAUGUUGCUUACAAGAGAAACAGUUCAGACAACAUCUCAGUCAUUGUUGUUGACCUUAAACCAAAAAGAAGGCGUCCUCAGAGACACUAUUAGAGGGAUAAAUGCACCUGCAAAGGAGAGGUCAAAACCCUCAUAAGAAAAAUCCCAGGAAGGUGGUCAUAAAGUUUCAAUUGUUGAGGAAUGAUCGGUCUAUUUCUAACAGUGAAGUUAUUGGAGAGACCACCAUGGAGUCAUCAUAUGGCUGUUGCUGGUAGCUAUGGUUUUUAUUCUUGCGAAGGUGACUACUGAUGAAUCUGUUGUUCACAUCUAUCUGGCUGCCAUGGAAUUGUUGCUGUUUGUAACAACCAAAACUGGUUUGUUGCCGCAAAAAACGAGAUCAAUCCUCAGUUUAAUUGGUUUUGGUCCAAGUGAGAAGAGCAAAAGGAUA